CGUGUCUUCCGUCUUUGGCUCUCUUCUGCCAAAUCCUCACUUGCAGCAUGUAGUUAAAAAUUGAAAAAGGCCUUGUCUGGGCUCUCUGAAGUAUGGCAAUUAUUUAUCGUACACUACUCUGACGCUGUGCAGCAGCCGCGUGCUGAAGUGCACAGUCCCGUUGACCAGAGUGAGAUAUACGCAGGUAUUAGAUAGAUCUGUGAUAGUUUGCCACUCCCAUUCGCUGCCAAGGUGCAGCUUGAUCUAUGCGCACUAGGGGAUAUUAGCAAGAGCCAAGGUGGUUCGUGCUGGAUCUGGAUUUGGAUUUGUGGGGAUUAUCCAAUUUAUUGCUGGGUUGGAGGCUUGCUGCUGGAUCUUGGGGUGGUGGCAGCUCCCGUUGAUCCUCAGGUUAUCUACACUGCAAAGUUAUCGGCAAUAAUUCAUUGGAUAGAAAGGGAAAAAAAUCUUGUAGGUUAUUAACAUUAUAUAUUGAGUGUCGAGAAUUUGUAUUAGCAACAAAAAUGGAACAGAAAGCAGAGAUUCCAGAAAAUAUGCUUAGAGACUUGAUACAAGAUACCGACAAGACAAAGUGGAGAUUGAAGAACAAUCAUAAUAUCAAGUAUUUUUCGGAAGAUGAGAUUAAGAGAAUAACCAGCAACUACAGCACCAAACUUGGAAACGGUGGAUUUGGAGAGGUUUACAAAGGAGUUCUUGAGGAUAAUCAGUCAGUUGCAGUGAAGAAAUAUAUCCGCUCAGAUUCGCUGCAAGAAUUCGCUAAAGAGGUAGUCAUUCAUAGUCAAAUCAAUCAUAAGAAUGUAGUGAGGCUCAUUGGGUAUUGCGUUGAGGAAAGUGCUGGGAUGAUGGUCCUCGAGCAUGUUAGCAAUGGAAAUCUCAGUGACCUGCUUCAUUUGGGUGAUACUCGAAUCUCUUUGGCCAGAAGAUUGAACAUUGCUAUAGAAUGUGCGGAAGCCCUAGGCUGCAUGCACUCCAUGUACAGCCCUGUUCUUCACUGCGACAUCAAGCCCGCUAAUAUCCUUCUCGAUGAUAAUUUUCACGCCAAAAUAUCAGAUUUUGGAAUAUCUAGGCUUCUCUUGGGAGACAGCAACACUGAAUGCACUAUAAAUGUGAAAGGGUGUAUUGGUUAUAUGGACCCAGAGUUUCCAAAGCAGGGGUGUCUGACCGUGAAGAGUGAUGUUUACAGCUUCGGGGUUGUUCUUGUGGAACUAAUUACCAAAACAAAACCAACUGACAAGGCAAAGAGGGUCAUUCAGACAUUUGGUAAAGCUUCUGCAAAACGGACAUCUAUAAGAGAGUUGUUCGAUGCAGACAUUGCAAAUGAGAGCAACAUGAAGGUUCUGGAGGCAAUUGCAAAAAUUGCAAAAGAUUGCCUGAAAGAGGAGUAUGACGAGCGUCCUGAAAUGAAUGACGUCGCUGGACGCCUCCGGGAGCUCAGAGCAGUUGUAGAGAAAUCCCAAGCAAAGUCACAAACAAGUUGGCGUUUCUUUAGCGGAGGUCAAAAUGAAUUGAAAAUUGACAAUCCUGGCGCAGGCAGUGUUGCCUCCGGAUCGAUUUUCGGUAAGAUGAAGAAUGUAAGCAUUUUUAAUAGAAACACAACAAAUUUCAAGAAGGGUCUGCUUGCCUCCGUCGGCAUCCCGCACUACUCGUACGCGGAUCUGAAGACGGCGACAAAGAACUUCACCAACGUGGUGGGCCGCGGCGCGUACGGCACAGUGUACCGUGGAGAGCUGCCUGAUGGUCGUGCUGUGGCGGUGAAGAAGUUGCACGGGGUGGGCGGCAGUGAUGCGGAGUUCUGGGGGGAGGUGACCAUCAUGGCGCGGAUGAAUCACCUGAACGUCGUGCGCAUAUUUGGAUUCUGCGCGGAUAAGGAACAGUUCAUGCUCGUCAACGAGUUCUUCUCUAACAGCUCUCUCGACAAGUACCUCUUUGCGGUGUCCACGGGGGAGGGCGACGAUCAUCAGCGGCAGCCGCUCCUGCUGGACCUGAACACGCGCCACCGGAUUGCACUUGGGGUGGCGCGUGCCGUGGUGUAUCUGCACGAGGAGUACAGCUCGGAGUGGCUGCUGCACUGUGACAUCAAGCCGGAGAAUAUCUUCCUAGACGACAACUUCUGCCCCAAGCUGUCCGACUUCGGGUUGUCCAAGCUGACUAGCAUGGAAGAAGAGAAGGUCACAAUGUCCAGGAUCCGUGGUACCCGUGGUUAUAUGGCGCCUGAGUGGGUCAUCUGUGAGCCCAUCACGGCCAAGGCCGACGUAUACAGCUUCGGCAUGGUGCUCCUUGAGAUUGUCUCCGGUCGCCGCAACUACGGGUUCCGGCAGGAUUCAGUGGGCAGCGAGGAUUGGUACUUCCCCAAGUGGGCCUACGAGAAGUGCUACAUAGAUCGCCGGAUCGAGGACAUCCUCGACCCAGCCCUCCUAGCGGAAGCCAGCGAAGACGAGGCCACGGUUGAGCGCAUGGUGAACACAGCCAUCUGGUGCCUCCAGGACCGUGCUGAGAUGCGACCCUCCAUGGGAAAGGUCUUCAAGAUGCUCGAGGGCACUAUUGAGAUGAUCCAACCAGAAAAGCCCACCAUCUUUUGCGUCCAGGACGACUAGCUUCUUGGAGAAUUGAAGUCGCCGGUGGUUAGACAAAAGGUACGAGAUAUUAUUGAUCUGGGGCAUGGGUACAAAGAAAUUGAAUAAAACUAACUACGUGCAUUUGAAAUUUAAUACUAGAUAUCUGCA